UACGUCAGAGGUAAAUAGUGUCAGCUACAGUUAGCCUGCAGCUAGCUGCUUGUUGGGACAACAUGGCAUUUACCUUGUAUUCUCUCAUUCAGGCAGCUAUCCUGUGUGUCAAUGCUGUCGCUGUAUUACACGAAGAAAGAUUUCUAAGUAAAAUUGGCUGGGGAGUGGACCAAAGUGUAGGAGGAUUUGGUGACGAACCAGGCAUCAAAGUGCAGCUAAUGAACCUUAUCCGCUCUGUGAGGACCGUUAUGAGAGUGCCACUGAUUGCAGUGAAUUCAGUCUGCAUUGUGCUGCUGCUUCUGUUUGGAUGAAGAGGUUGAGUGAAGAUGGGACAAACACGCCUGCUGUCAGGAGAACAUCUCCAUCACCUCAGGAACCCUCACUGUCUCUUUGGCACACGGAAUGAACCCGUCAGCCUCAACAUGAAUGUUAUUGUAUAUUUCGAACCAACACAUGGGUUAUUUCCUAAGGCCGAUUUUUGCCAUUAUCCUGCAGCUAUUUAGUAUGCCUAACAACUGUCUUCUUUUGAAUAGAACAAUACAAUUUUGAAUAGUUUACACUUUUUCAAAAUUAUUAAUAAACAAACAAAUGCUUUUACACUUAACUAAAUUGUAUCAAAGGACUAAAACAACUGCUGUCGUAGCGUGGUCCACUGUUGGUGAUUUAUACUUUGAGUACAUGUAACGUAAUUCUUGAAUAUGUGAUGCUGUAGAAAUGUUGGAGAAUAAAAAGUUUUUUAAAACGA